AUGCCAACACGGCCAUUGAGCGCAAUGCUUCCUCUGCAGCGCCAGGCCCUACGUCUCCGGAGUCCAUUACCCUGCAUUGCCUAUCGCCUCAAUACUAUACCCACAUCUUCCGAGCUUCCCUCAAGAAGCUACAGACCUCGAUGGAGGUGUCUUGCGACACAGACUGAAACCGCCACCGCCCCUCGGCAGUCUGACAAUGCAAAGGAACGCGUCGUCAUUCUCGGAUCCGGCUGGGGUGGAUACUCCCUCUCACGCAGGCUUUCCCCAAAGACCCAUUCAACUCUUAUAAUCUCACCUCGCUCAUACUUCGUCUUUACUCCCCUUCUCACCGACGCAGCCAGCGGUUCCCUCGAUUUCUCGAAUAUCGUCGAGCCUGUACGUGAUCCACGGGCCAAAGUUGACUUCCUUCAGGCGGCUGCGCGAGCAGUCAACUUGGAAAAGAAGACCAUUCUAUGUGAAGCAACGGUUGUCAAGAGCGGUGUCACGGAGUCAUCUCGCACACAAGACGAGGAACGAGGCGCCGAGAAAGGUCCGGGUACGACAAACUUAAAGCCGGAGCAAGCGCGUCUAUGGGAACAGGGUGAAAUGUUCGAAGUGCCUUAUGACAAGCUCGUGAUUGCGGUAGGUGCCGUCAGUCGCACCUUUGGGACUCCAGGGGUGCGCGAGAACGCAAUGUUCUUCAAGGAUAUCGGGGACGCGAAAAGGGUCAAGCGGCGCGUGCGCGAAUGCUUCGAGUUGGCUGUUCUGCCAACUACGACCCCCGAGAUGCGGAAAUGGUUGCUGAACUUCUCGAUUGUUGGAGCCGGCCCAACAGGCAUUGAGCUUGCGGCGUCGCUGCGCGAUUUCAUCCACGGGGAUAUGAUGGCGCUAUACCCGAGUCUCGAAGAGCUUCCGAGGAUCAUUUUGUAUGAUGUUGCGCCCCAGGUGCUUUCAAUGUUCGACGAGUCGCUUUCCCGCUAUGCAAUGGAGACUAUGAAGAGAGAGGGAGUUGAGAUCAAGACCUCCCAUCAUGUCAAGAGUUUGCGCUGGGGUCCGCCUGGUGCAUCUCCACCGUACGAGAUGGAUCCCAAGCGUUGCUUGACCCUCACAACCGAAGAGGACGGGGAGGUUGGCGUGGGCAUGUGUGUUUGGGUGACGGGUAAUGCCAUGCCCAAGUUCGUCACAGAGUCACUUGAUUCAGUUGAUCCCUUCCCCAAGAACUCAGUUCAUACCAUUGAGCAAUCUUCCUCGGCACCCGUGGAUCUCGAAAAAUCCUCGUGGAAAUUCAAGAAGGCUCCCAGAAAAGGCCCGCUGCUCGUCGACGGCCAUCUCCGCGUGCAGCUGCAAAAUGAAGCAGGCCAGACGGCCGUUCUCAAGGACGUUUUCGCUCUGGGUGACAAUGCUAUGCCGGAGACCAAUGGGCCGCCCGCAACAGCACAGGCUACUUUCCAAGAAGCCAAAUGGCUAGCUGAUCGCCUUAAUAAAGAUGAUCUGGAUCAGGCCCGGCCGUUCUCUUUCCGCAACCUGGGCACGAUGGCGUAUAUCGGUAGCGAACGUGCAUUGAUGCAAAUACCCCAUAAGAGUGACGGUGGUAAACGCAAGUAUCUCCCCGAAGGACUCCGAGGACGUACUGCUGCGCUUGUUUGGAAGACGGCGUAUAUUUCUAUGAGUUUCAGUUGGCGCAAUAAGCUACGUGUGGCUUUCAGGUGGACUUUGAACAAGUUAUUUGGCCGGGAUGUUUCGCGCUUCUAA